AUGAAAAUGGCAUCAACAUCUCUGCUUCAUCUUCUUCUUGGAGCUUUGACUCUUUUGAUCAGUUUAGUAACAGUGAGAGGAGAAAGCCCUUACAAGUACUACACUUGGACUGUGACUUAUGGCAUUAUCUCUCCUCUUGGUGUUCCUCAACAGGUUAUUCUCAUCAAUGGUCAGUUUCCUGGUCCUAAGCUUGAUGUUGUGACCAAUGACAACAUCAUCCUCAACCUCAUCAACAAACUUGACCAACCUUUCCUCUUAACAUGGAAUGGGAUUAAGCAGAGGAAGAACUCAUGGCAAGAUGGUGUAUUGGGAACAAACUGUCCAAUCCAACCAAACACAAACUUCACUUACAAAUUCCAAACCAAAGAUCAGAUCGGAACUUACAAUUACUUUCCUUCCACCGCUUUUCACAAAGCAGCCGGUGGAUUUGGAGCCAUUAAUGUCUAUGCAAGACCUGGAAUCCCAAUUCCUUACCCUAUUCCAGUUGCAGAUUUCACUUUACUCAUUGGUGAUUGGUUUAAAACCAACCACAAAACGCUUCAACAACGUUUGGAUUCUGGUGGGAUUCUUCCAUAUCCAGAUGGACUUCUCAUUAAUGGACAAACCCAAACCACAUUUACAGGAGACCAAGGGAAGACUUACAUGUUGAGAAUCUCCAAUGUUGGUUUAUCAAGCUCUUUCAAUUUCAGAAUCCAAGGACAUACAAUGAAAGUAGUUGAAGUCGAAGGCUCUCAUGUGAUUCAAACCGAUUACGAUUCUCUUGAUAUUCACGUUGGACAGUCUCUAGCGGUUCUUGUGACCUUAAGUCAAACUCCUAAAGAUUAUUACAUUGUUGCAAGCACUAGGUUUGUAAGAAGCAAUCUUUCUGUUAUGGGUUUGUUGCGUUAUUCCAACUCUCGCGUACCGGCUUCUGGUGAUCCGCCUGCUCCUCCGCCUGGAGAGUUGGUUUGGUCUAUGAGACAAGCCAGAACAUUCAGGUGGAACUUAACAGCAAAUGCAGCUAGACCAAACCCGCAAGGAUCAUUCCACUACGGAAAAAUCGUAGCAACGAAAUCAUUUGUUUUCUCGAAUUCAGCUCCUUUGAUCAACGGAAAGCAACGUUAUGCAGUUAAUGGAGUCUCUUAUGUGAACUCAGAGACGCCUCUCAAGCUCGCUGAUCACUUCAACAUCGCUGGAGUUUUCAGCACAAAUGCAAUUCAGAGUGUUCCCUCCAACUCUCCUGCAACCGUUGCAACACCUGUUGUUCAAGCCUCUCUCCAUGACUUCCUCGAGAUUGUGUUUCAGAACAAUGAGAAGUCAAUGCAGUCUUGGCAUCUUGAUGGUUAUGACUUCUGGGUCGUUGGAUUUGGUUCUGGACAAUGGACACCUGCAAAAAGACCACUUUACAAUCUUGUUGAUGGUCUUACCAGACACACAACUCAGGUCUAUCCAAACUCUUGGACAGCAAUCUUGGUGUCUUUGGACAAUCAAGGAAUGUGGAAUAUGAGAUCGGCGAUAUGGGAAAGACAGUAUUCGGGACAACAGUUUUAUCUCAAAGUAUGGAAUCCAGUGCAGAGUCUCUCCAAUGAAUACAAUCCUCCUGAUAAUCUUCUUCUCUGUGGCAAAGCUACCGGAAGACACCUUUAG